AUGUCACACUCAACAACCAAAAUUCUCAUCGCUAAUAAUUCGUUGGCGGCAAUGAAAUUCAUAAUAUCGCUUAGCUCGCGCGAUGUUACGUUCCUGGGCAUGGUGACCAGCCAUGAUCUGCGCUCCAAUCAGCUGUACGUUAAUUACCUAAAUCGUUAUUUAGUCGUUGAAAAUUACGGUGUUGACGAAAUUCUGAGGGCUGCCACAUAUUUCAAACCUGAUCUUGUGUGGCCGGGAUGGGGACAUUCAUCAGAGAAUUACCUGCUGCCGAAAGCAUUGAAGGAAAGCGGUUAUCGAUUUAUGGGACCGGACGAAAAUGCUAUGAGAAUGCUGGGCGAUAAAAUCAUGAGCAACAGGUUUGCAGAGAGGAACGGCAUACCAUGCAUUCCAUACACCACGGAUAUCGGUGCUUUUAUGGCGUUCUUUCAGUCCUAUGGAACUGCUAUGAUCAAAAGCAGUGAUUCGGGUGGCGGGAAAGGCAUUGAAAUCGUUGAAACUCAGGAACAGCUGUCAAAUUUCCUAGAGCAGUAUGCGAAGCGUGUCGGCACAUCCCAACAGUCCGAAAUAGUGGUAUCCAAUGAUACGGAGUGCGAACACAACCAGGAAUUGAACGGCAUAUCGCCAGAACAGCUAUGCAUAGCGGAUGGAGAUGAGCUGGCAUAUUCUCUGGCAACAACUCCGCUGGGCAUUUCCUCGGAGACAACGGGGCAGAGGAGUGCAGGACAAGGAGAGCAGAACGUUUUUAUGACCAAGAUAAUAAAAAAUGCACGACAUGUCGAGCUGCAGGUGGUAAGAGACAACUUUGGCAACGCUGUGCUCCUUGGCACCCGAGAUUGCACCAUACAACGCAGGCAUCAGAAGAUAAUUGAGGAAGGCCCAGCCAUACUGACGGAACAGUUUUAUGAGCACAUGAAAAGAUGUGCCAAGACACUUCUGAUAGCUUCCAACUACGUAGGUGUUGCAACCGUUGAGUUCCUCGUGACAGAACAGCAUUUCUACUUCCUGGAGGUCAACACGCGUAUCCAGGUCGAACAUCCUGUCACAGAGCUAAAUGCGCAGGUUAACAUUCCCGAGCUGCAGCUGGACGUGGCAAUGAACAGGAAUUUGUGCUUCAUGGACGAUAAGCAAAGUACGAACCAUGUGGUUGCUGCAAGAAUCACAGCGGAGGACAACAAUUUCAAUCCGCAGACGGGACAUGUGAGCGUUUCCUUUCUGCCGUCCAAAAACACGCUGCUGUAUUUUUCGGUGCUGAACGGCCAAAUCACCGAGCAGAACGACAGCCAAUUCGGACAUGUGUUCGCGUAUGGACGGAACAGAAGAGAGGCAACCACAAAUUUGAUAACGGCACUGAUGAAUGUCAAAAUUACCGGCAUAGACUCGCCUAUACCGCGUGUGCUCGGCAUCCUCAAGAGCCGUUUCUUUGCAGAAAACGAUUUUUACACGGAUACGUUGGAAAGGUUCAGAUUUGAAAAGAUGAGUGAGGAGGACAUCGCAUUCUUUAGCGCGGCGUAUUUCCUGAUGAGCUCAAACUCGCACGUAAGCUUUGCAUACAACGAUGAUUGCUUCUUUACACGGUGCCAUGUCGUGAGCAGCCAUGAAAUGCUUGUGGAGCUGAAUGGCACGUUCUACAAGAUUCGGAGCGUGGAGAGUUGCACAUCACGCGUGGACAACAAACAGCCUCGUGAACAGAGGACCUUUUUCAGCACCUUCACCUUCAAUGACAGCCUGGUAACGUUCUCAACCGUAUCGCAAAAUACCUACAGGAUGCUCAAUCAAGGAUCUAACACGUUUACUCUGCUCACACAGAACAUAACAGCACCGUUCAACGGUCGAAUUGUGGAAAUUAACGAUGGAUACGUUGAGAGAGAUGGCGUGCUGUUUGUGAUAGAAGCGAUGAAGACGCGCACACACAUCCGGUCCAAAGACAAUUUGCUGUACACCAAGCUUAAGACCGAGGGAUCGAUCGUUAGCGUAGGAGAUAACAUCCUCAAAAUAGAAAGCAACAAAAUUACGUGCAAUACGGCUGCUCGGUUUACCAGGAAUUACGAUGAGAACGAUCUUAUGAGAUGGACAAGACAUUUGCAUGCAUUACCGUCCGUUCUGUACACUUUUCCUGCGGAUGAGCGGAUAUUUGAUCUUGUACGGGUGCACUGCAUACAUGCUAUGGGAGUGAUUGAGCACUUGGAGAUUGAUGAGGAGCAGUGCGUGAGGAUUAGAGGCGAAUUAGAAAGUGUUUUGGUGAAGAGUGCGGUUGAUAAAGACGUGUUGAGGUUUUAUUACAGGGUUGUGAGGAUGUGCACUGCUAUGGGCAUGCACAGAAGCGCUAGUGGCACGUUGGGAGCAGAUACAGACAUGGAGCAGCAACGAAUGGGCAUGAAUGCCGUGGAUGGUCACGUUGAUCACACGGAAAGUGCACCGUUGGACGAUGCCAAGUACAUGCUGAGCGAGAAAAGUGCACCAUUGGACGAUGUUGAGUACAUGCUGAGCGAGAAAAGUGCACCAUUGGACGAUGCCAAGUACACGCGGAGCGAGAAAAGCGCGAUAUUGCGAAAAAAUGAGAGAAAACCGUGUUCAAUGAAACUGAGCGCCUUUCAAUCGGUAGAUGACCCUGUUGUUGAGCAUUUUACCGCACAUUCAUUCACACACGAGCAGUUCAACAGCAAAUUCUGUGCAUGUCCACGAAUAGAGUGCCGCUGCACCGGCCAAUACGGCAAAUCAAUCAUAAUACGUGCACGAGAUGUGACAAACGAACUUAUCGUGUUUGUUAAGGUGUUUACCGGCUGGUCAUACGCUCUUUACACGGAGAAUAGCACAAACGUUGAAAAGAUCAGGCACAUGUUCACGAAGAUCGUGUGUAACGGGACGGUGUACCUCAGUACGCGCGGAUAUGCUGAAAUAUUCGUGUAUGAAAAGAAAAGAGUACGCGAGUACUACCUUGAUGGCUUGAAAGUGAACAUUCCUGAUGGUAUAGACCUUAAGGUACGGUAUGAAGGCUUCUUGUACUUGAUGUACAUUUAUUUGUGCACGAUAAAUGCUCCGAUGUGCUACAAGGAGCUGUUCCUGACCGUUUUUGAUGAUUGCAGUAAAACGGUGCCGAGGCGGGUGAAUGACCCGGUCAAUUCGUGCAAAACCUCGAAUUCGGGUGCAAAGCACGGCAACGAUCUGGCCGGACAAUCGCACUGCACAACGAGUACAAACACCAAACACAGCAUGCACGGCAACCAAGCAUUUCCUAGCGAAGCGGACCUAAACCGGUGCAACGACCGGAAGUACGCACUGUCAUACGAUCGUAAGAUCAAAAUUGGUGUGUUAGCGUACGUGUUCCACAUAAAUGGUGAAAACACCGUGUUCGUGAUCAACGAUUGGAAAUUUAAAUGCGGUUCGUUUUCGUAUAAGGAGCUGAUUUUCUUUCAUUUCGUGAAUUUGUUGUGCACAACGAGGGAAAUGGCACGCAUUCAUUUCAGCAACAAUUCUGGUGCACGGAUCGGUAUCGACGAGGAAGUGAUGAGUAAGCUGAUUGUGAAGGAGCAACGGGGUGGGUUGGAGCUGUAUAUGAGGCAGGAAGAUCGAGACGGGCUCAGUGGCAGUUGCACAGGCGGGAAGAGGAGCGGUUCAAGCACAGAAAGAAUGGAACACAUGCACAUGUCCAUAAAUAGCGAAACUACGGAGGGGAACCGUUCAAACGGUGCACGGGAUUAAAACACCUAAAAUACAUCACAACAAACGAUGACAGCGGCCCAGAGAACCUGUCAUACUCAUCACAAUCAUCUAUAAGCACCAUCGAAGCAUACAACCGUACCUUCACCCUAUCAUUCGUAACAAACCACUCGGUAGGCAUAGGUGCUUAUCUCGCAGUGCUGGGCAAGCGCGUCAUAAUGAAGAGAAGCAGCGUUAUGCUGCUUACAGGGUACAAGGCGCUGAACAAGCUCAAUCAAACGGAGAUAUACAGCAGUAAUGAGCAGCUGGGAGGUGUGGGCAUUAUGUGUGGUAAUAAUGUGUGCCAGAGAGACGUGCUCAACGAGUACGAGGGGCUGUGUGAGAUUUUCAGGUGGUUGAUGUUUUGGAUUGAGGGCAAGAAAUCCGUGCCCGUUCCUCGCGAGCACGCGUGGGGACCAACACAUCGGUGAACAGUGGCGCAUGUCCAACAACUCGCGGGCAAAGUGAUCGUGGACAUUCCCUGAAAGCGAUAGACGGGCACAGCACCGGAACAAAGGAUGUGUCUAAGCGUGAAGACAGCAAGUACGAUGAUGAAUGCGCAGCACCUGCGCUUUCGUUGAAUUGCCGAGAGGUAAUCGAAGUAAUCGCACACAACAUCACGGAAUACUCCUGCGCAUACUCCUCAAACAUAAAAACGGUACGCUGCUUCAUCAAGGACAUGCCGGUCGGUGUAAUAUACGCAUACGAGAACGGCACGUGCGUAUUGGAUGCACCAUCAAGCGAGAAGUUCAGCACCUUCAUAGAUCAAAUCAACAAAGAGAACCUCAAUCUGGUGAUAAUGGCCAAUUUCAAGGGAUUUAGUGGCGGUGACACAGACAUGAAGCAGGGCAUUCUCAAACAGGGGAGUAAAAUCAUAGAAAAUCUGAAAACUUUUAGGAACAAGAUAUUCGUGUACAUUGGGUGCGGCUGGCAGGUGCGUGGCGGUACAUUCGUAAUACUCGACAAGUUUAUCAACGAAAGGAUACGCGUGUUUGUGAGCAGGGAUAGCCGGAUCGGCAUCAUGCAGCCUAGUGGGCUCUCAGAGGUGAAGUUUAAGGAGAAGGAACGGAUCAGAAUUUUGGAGAAGAACGGCCUGGCGGUGGACGAGCGAAACAUAAAUGAGCUGGCAAUAAAAUUCUGUGAGCUCCACGACCAUCCUGAGCGCAUGGUGUGCAAGGGCCGGGUGGAUGGCAUGCUAGAGAUUGGAGAGUUGGAGAGCAAAAUAUACGAGUAUUUCUGCGGAUGA